AUGUUUUAACAGUAGCAUCAGAUUGAGCACUGUGUACCGCAGGUGGCGGUUUUACUUAUUUUCAGUCGUAUUUCUAAAAGAUUUCUGUUCUUGCCUCCGUUAAUGUUAUAAUCUCUAAAUGUUUCAUCCUUAAAUUCUUUCACUCUGCAGUCCUCCCAUAUGACGCGAACCUCGUGAGCGCUCGAGUACGGACGUUGCCGUCGAAGAUGACGUCACCGCCAAAACCGAGGCGGGCGGUUCCGAAGGUGACGUCACUGGCCUCGCGAGCCCCUCGUCGCCGACUACGAAGGAAAAGGCGGUGGGAGGAGGGGGGUGAAGGCAGCAAGAAGGAAGAGCAAUGGCGACAGUGGACCGCAAACUACCGAGUCCGGAUGCGUUUCUCUACAAACCCUGGUCAGCGUACACGGACGCGGCGAGAUCGUACUGCUGUGACAAUGUGCGCGUCGAGGAGAAUAACGCCGGCAAGGAGCUCCUGAGCGGCCGGGAAGCCAUGAAACUCAGCAGAGACGACAUGCGUGUGUUCGGCCAGUGCCCAGCACAUGAUGAUUUCUACCUUGUCGUAUGCAAUAUCUGCAAUCAAGUUGUCAAACCUCAGGGCUUCGAGAUGCACUACGAGCGGAGGCAUGGGUCACCGUCCAGCCCCCGGGCCCCGGCUCUUCCUAGAAAGCCCAGAGAUCCUCUUGGUGCUGGGGCUCCGGGUCCCCCGUUCAAGCCCUUCCGGGUGCCUGGCGAUCCUCUGUCCAGUCCCUUUGGCAAGGCCCCGCAGGCUGCGUACCUGACCAAAGCACCCCUGGAGAAGUCAUGUGUGCCCAUGCCUGUGGUGAGUCUGGAGAAGAUGCCACACUCGGGGAAGUCCAAGGCAGCCCCAGCCAGAGCCACUGGUCCUCCCACCUCUUCCGCUAUGUCUCUCAAAUCUUCUGUGACACCCCCGACAUCCCACAAGUCCCACGAGAGGGUUGUGAAUGGCAGGUUUCCAACUGGUCCUGCCUGCCAGUUUGACAGACAGCCUGCUGCAUCCCCCUCCUCCGUAGACUGGCGUCCUAGUGUCUCCCCCUCAUCGCUCGAUCGGCGACCAACCUCCUUCCCCUCCCCCACUUUGGCGGAGAAGCGUCCCACUGCGUCUCCCUCCUCUCUGGACAGGAGACACCCUGGCCCAUCGUCACCAUUGGACAGACGACCAAGUGCACCUCCCUCUCCUCUGGACAGGGACAGAAGGCACCACAAUGGCGCUAAGGCUACAAAGCCGCAUGGAAGAUUGUCGGGAAGGGUGUUUGACCCCAACAAGCACUGUGGAGUGCUGGACCCAGAGAGCAGAAAACCAUGCACACGAUCACUGACCUGCAAGACCCAUUCCCUCACUCACAGGCGUGCAGUGCCAGGCCGGAAAAAACUGUUUGACUCUCUCCUCGCUGAGCACAAGGGGAGGGCAAAGGAGAAGGAGGCAGGGCGGAACCAUGAGCAGUCUGGCAGGUGGGAGGCCCAGCAUAGCCGCCCCGCCCCGCCGCGUGAUUCUCUGAGCAGUGCGUCCACAGACUGUCAGGACAGCAGGAACACAGCUGUGCUGAAGAGCCGACUCACAUUUGCACCCAGCUUGACAAAUGGCCUCGGCAGCGGGCCCACCAUCGAUCCUGCACCCACGCGCCUGGGAGGAGAUGAUUGCAGCAGACUGUCCAGCGAUGAUGGUGAGAUGGAGCUGACGGAGGACUCGGAGAGGACAGACUGCCCUUACAUGUCCUGCCACCCCCAGCCCAUGGCAUGCUGCACUUUCAGAAGCAGGCUGAUGGGGCGAGGCCACUACGUGUUCGACAGGCGGUGGGAUCGCAUGAGACUUGUGCUUCACUGCAUGAUAGAGAAGCAUGUCAGCUCACAAAUGUGGAAGAAGAUCCCAAUGGCUGCUGAGAGUCACCGGCUUUCCACAGGGGGUCUCCCUGCCCUGCAACCCCAGGGUGUCACUGGUUCAGCAUGCCUGUCCACCACAGCAACAUCUGUCCCAGCCCUUUCUGACAGUGUCUCCAUGGCAACAUGUUCUGCUGCCUUCCCCUUGUGUGGUAGAGGGUCACAGUUGUCAGCUGAAGACAUGGACUCAUUUGUGGCUCCCAGCCCGGCUCUGGCCCCUGUGUCCACUCAGGGCAAGAAGCUCCGGGCGAAAUCCAGUGACCCCCAACGGUUGCGUGAACAUCCAUUAGAGGCAUUGGCUGGAUUGACGGGGGGGAAGAAAGGGAAACCCCCUUCCUCCUGUUUAUCCUCCACUUAUACAGAAUCCCCUGUGAGGAACUUCUUCAGUCCCUACUCUACUGGCCCCCCUUCCAGUAGCAAUGGGGUGUCGUCCUUCUGUGCCAAAACCCAGCUCUCAGGACGAUCUGGACCCACAGACUCUGGCUUGAUGUCAUCUCACCUCCUCCAGGAUGAUCGUGGCACAUCAGAUCAUACCCUUCUUUCUUUAAUUCCUCCUGAAGGGAGGAAGCGCAAGGGCACCAUCACAUAUGGAAAAGCCAGUAAGGUGGUGAGAACGUCAGACGUGAACAGCGUCUUCAGGAAGAGCACAUCAGGCCUUCUGUCUUCUGUGAGCGAGUCACCCCACAACAGCUCCCUCUGGCAGGUAAGAGAUGUAUGUUGUCAUUAGCAGCAGCACUAAAAUGUGUAAAUAGUACGAUUUAAGUUCCUGCAUCAUGCUUGAGGGGGGCAGCAGGUAGACUAGUGGUUAUGGAAUUGGAUUUAGGUCAAAAUGACUGGAGAGGAAGAGUUAAAAGGUCUUCCUGGGAUCAGCGACGAAUGUUUUCCCUUAACUUUUUUUUUUCCUUGAGAUUCAGAAGUUGCCUUAGUUUUUACUCUGUCUCUUUCUUAUCACAGUCCAAGGUGCAUCAUUGAGGCUGCCAGAGUGAAGAAGUGUAACUUGGUAAGACUCCAUCUUUCUCCAGCUGUGGACCUGGAUAGUUCCCUGUAUUUUGACAGUAGCAUUCUGCAGAGUCCUUUGAGCCUGUGAUGGUGACUUCAGUGUGACUUUACAGCAGGCACCAUUUACAGGCCCUGGCCUGGUGCUUGAGUGUUUUGCCGCUCUGAGUUUAGCUGUAAACGCGGACAAAACCCAUACCAGCCCCACUUUCCAAACCACUGUGGCCAUACACUGCUCACCUCUGUUUUACUCUCUGGAUACGAUAUUCUAAACUGUUGCAGUGGAAAAGUGUACAGGAUACAUUGUUGAGAUCCUCACUGGCCCCUGUUGAACAGUCAAGCAAGUGAAGCUAACUUCUGAAAAUGGAACAUCCAGUUCUAUGUGAAUUGGCAUCAUUUUCAAUUGCCUACCCAUCAGCCCCAGUUUUUCUGAAAUUCUGGCUCCUCAGCUUACAAACACAAUUGGGACUGGAGGUCUAAUUUCAAAAUCACUUGUAUCCCUAAGUCAUAGUCAGUUACAGUCGGAUGUCUUUCAUGGGUUCUGUGAAAGGUAGGGGUAUCCCUUGGUUUACGAAACUGAUGCCUUCGCUAUGCUGUCUGUGGGCUCAGGACAUAGAAAAGUAGGAACGUGAGCUUUCUCUCUCUACAGCAGUGUUAAGUAGCGGUACUCGCAGAGCGCACAUACUCAGUUUUUGAACACGCAGGACAACAGAGGGGCCAACAAUUCCUUCAUAACUGUCCCCAAAACAGUUUCCUGUUCAACAAUGUAUACACACAGGAACAGCACUGCAUUAUGAGAGCCACCGCGCCCCUGCUUCCACUACAAAAACUAUGAACCCAUGGAAAAAAACUUAACUUUUCCUUCUAAUAGUUCUGUUGUCUCAAGUCAUUCCUUUUUUGGUCCACCUCACAGAAACAUUCAGCAGCUCUAUACUACAUCUCACAUCACCUCUACACUAACAUAGCUGUCUUUGGAUUUGAAUGUUACUGGUUCAGAUCUCACCUGCUGUAGUACCCUUGAGAUAAGUACUUGUUCUAAGUUGUUACAGGAAUAUUAUCCAGCUGUAUGAAUGGGUAAAUAGUUGUAGAUAGCUUAACAGUAUAAGUUGCUUUGGGGAAAAAGUGUCAGAUAAAUGAAGUGUAAAUAACAGACACUUCUGUGGCAUUUCCUACACUUCCCAUAAUGAAACACAUUCGUAAUGCACUGUGGAGAGAUCUGGAUGCAGACAUUUGAGUCUCUUCAUGACUAUGAAACACGUCAUGUGGUAUGUUUCAGAAGCAAAAUGUUUUCCUUAUCCACUGGACAGUGACAACACCAACAACAGUAUAUUACUGCACUUUUACUUGUCACACGAUGUCACUUUUAAAUGUUUUUGACAGGCUUCAGAUAAUUCCCCCCCCCAAUUAAAGAUUGGGUACCAAAAGCCAAGAGAAUUUGUAAACUGAGGGAUGCCUGAAUUGGUAACACUAAUAUUUUUAGCAACUUUCAGCUAUUUUAAAAUUGAUAGUAAUUGAAGAAUGUCUCCACAAAUUCUUAUUUGGUGCUGCUUGUUGACCACUUAGUCCUGUAAGCAUGAAUAUUUUAUUUUUUUUCCCCACCUCUUGCUGUUACAGUGGAGAUAUUAGAAUCAUCUGCACUGGCAAACACAAGAUGUGGGUGGAUUUUACUCACAUCUGUGACUGGGGUGUGUAUAUACAGGCCAUGUUCAUUUCACUGCUGGAAAAAAUUGAGAAAACAGAAAAGUGGGGGGGGGGGGAGAUUUAAAACAAACUGGAAAAGGGUUUCGUAUCUGAACUUGACUGUUAACAUGAAGAGCCAGAGUAUUUCUAGAUGGACUCUGUAAAGAACAUCUGGACUUUGCUGGGGAGACUGCGGCUCACUUCUAGGUCAGCUGCCACCCAUGAGUCUGAAUUGUUGGCCUGUGUAAACGCCCAGAGCCUGGGCACCCCCCCCCCACAGGCCUUCAUUCAGAACACGGCUCUGGUCCGGAGGGACUAGCUCCCCCAGCAGACCAGUGUUAGAAGUGCACUUAAUUUUUCCUGGACUGAUGCAGUCCUUGAAGCUUAACCAGGUACGUUGAACCAAGGGAAUCUAUUUACAGCGCUUUGUCCUGCAAGUUUUAUUUUGAUAUAGGGUAAAGUCAUUGUUUCCAGGAAGUUUGUAUUAAAUAUUUCAAAGGUCUCAGAUUUUAGGCUUAUACCAUGAAGUGUAAAAUUUUAUAGUGGUGGUUUUUGUAUUACUAUUUAUCAUUUCUUGUAAUAACUUUCUAACUGACCAGAAUGUUAGAGGUGUUGAGAGAAAUUAUAUUUGUAUUUCCUUUUUAAAAUUGAAAGUAUUGUUGUUUCCCUGUUGUUGAAAAUGUUUCUAAAUCAUUAUUUUUCUAUUUAUUAUUUUCUCAGAGCUAAAAGCAUUUAUGGAAUUUUCCUCUACAGACACAUGAACAUUGCUAAAUUAAAUAGUUUGUAUGACUUCUAAAGGGCACUGCUUUGCUCACAAGGGUGUGUACUGUUGUCUUGUUCUUGUUUUAUAAGAUGUAUAUAGGAAUAGGAGUCAAGUGUUUGACCUCCUGUCUUGCUAAUCCCUCCCCAAAGAGAAUCGGCUCUCUCCUGAACAACCUGGAUUGUUAAGCUCUCUUCUGACAAAGAGACCUGUCACUGCUAAAAGAAGUACUUGUUGCUAAUGUCAUGAAAUUGCCCUCUUUUGUUAUUCCUCAUUUUACUCUUGCCUAAAACAAUGGCGUCUAGAGAUUUCUGGCACACCCCCCCCCCCGCCCCAAAGGUUUUAAAUUGACUUAAGGUGCACUAAAUUCCCAAAACUCAUGAUAUUUUGGCAGUGGUUUUCCUGUAUCUGUAGCCCAUCGAGCUAGACAGCAGCAAUUGGAAACACACUUUGAAAGUGACUGUCCUCCUUGUGGUUGUUUGAGCAAAGCCUGACUUGGAGGGCCUUCUCAUUGUUGGUCAGCACUAAGAGGCUAGAAGCCACCAGGCCCAUCUCUGUCCUUGACAGACCUGGCGUAUAUUUUGCUUUCAUGCACUUUUUGUCCUGCAUAAAAAAAAAAGUUUCAGUAUUUUAUAUUUUACCAUGAGAUGUGUAAAGUGAAACAUUUCUGUGCUUGUUUCCCUCAUAAACCGUAUCCAUAGGAUAAAGUGUCUAACCUCAGAUGAGCUGAGGAGCUACGUAGGUGUCUGAUCUGGGAAUUUUCAUUGUCUACAGGUGUGUGAAAAUGUGCACAUCCUUCCAAACACACUGGCUCACAGCUACCCAAACAGGUGAAUGUACUACUUUGCAGUAACAUGCAAUAAGCCCACAGCGCUUCUUCCCCUCCUUCAUGUAGGCUUUGCUUUUCUAGUUGUCCUCACAAAUGGAUCUUUUUUUGGCAUUUCAUCGUCCCAAAGACGAUACUCAAAAGACAGCACAAAAGGGGGAAAAAGUUCCCCAAAAUACCUCCCUUAUCUCAGAAAGCAAUGCUAUAAAAAUUUUACAGUUAAAUACAAUGUGUUCAAAGCAGCUUGCGGUUUAUUCAGUUAUUUGAGUUUCAAAUAAACCAGAUCACUGGUACUUACCCACACAAAAAGUAAUAACUUGUAUGUUAAGCGGUGCCCCGUACAAGUGGGAACUCGCACUGUGCUGUGAGCUGUUCCGUAAACAUUAGGAUAAAGUGUUGCUCUUCUUUGAACAUUUGACAUAGUUUUAUAUAAAACUGAACACUUUGGCUGUGCUGUGUGGGCAAAGGGACGCAGAUAGAUUUGAAGCACAGUAUUUAUCAGGAAGUCAACCUUCUGGAAGUUUUACUCAUGAUGUGAGCAGGGUUGUGAUUGGUCGGUCCCGAAUACAGUACUGUGCGUAUAAAUGAUGGCCUGUGACUACUUGCGGUUACUGAUCAGCUCCUACUCUGGGGACCCAGUGGCCUUUUGGGGUCCCCAGCUGCGCUCUUCUAGUGGGGAUCACAUCUGACAUAAUCUCUCUUGGACCGUCCUCUGUGACGUGUUCAUAGCGAGCUUGUAAGAUCAUUUGCCUGAAAACCCAUUCGAAUAUUGGCUUCUUUUUCAGCUAAUGACUUCCCAAAGAGGUGAACAUUAGUUCUCAAUGGAACGAUGUGCCUUCUGUGAGUGGACACCUGACGUGCGUGUACAUUCGGUAGCAACGCGUGGAUCUAACUUUUAAAUUUGCAAAGCCCCAGUUACUAUACAAGUUACUUUGUAUGUGUUGUGCCAAUAGGCAACAACUGCUGAUGUCCUUGAAGUCAUCUGAAUAAUUGUUCCUUGAUUGCAGGCAUAGGAACACAUUGCCCUUUACAUCCCGUGUUAACUUCUCCUCCUCUGACUUCCAGGACCUUGUAGACUCCCAGAUGAGUGCCCUGAAUAUUGCCUGCUGCCUACUUGAUCAGCUUUGUGUUUCUAGCAGAGCUUUGUGGUGGGCAUUGGUGGUUGUGGUGGUUAGGUGCCACACAUGUUCCUAGAGGUCUGUGACACAGGCAUGUUACAGGAGUGUGGAUGAAAUGCCUUAUUUUUGCACCGUUUGUAAUCCGCUAACAAAAAUUCGUAGAGACUUGUAUUUAUAAGGAAUUCUAACCAUUUUGAUCCUAGGACAAAUGUGAUAUUUUUGCACUUUUUUUUUUGCCUGAUGAUUACAUUUCCAACAAACAGGUGGUCAUAUCAGGUCUUAAGAUUUUGAUUGUAAGCCGUAUGAAUAUGUAUCUUCCAUAGGAUUUCUUAUAAAAUUUUUGAGAAUGUCAAAGCAUGAGUAAACUUCCUGUAAAAUUGCAAUUACCAUAAUGUACAUAUUUUACCUCUGAAGGACUGGGGACUUGGGGGAAUUGACAUGACAGUUUCAGAACCAACCCAGUUCUGGAGUGUUCCGUGAAGGUAGAAGAAUGAGACUGAGAUGCGGUGAAAUGAUGGCGGCGCUGUCAUCAGUCUCUACCUGUUGGUCAAGGGUUUCUUAAAAAAAAAUUGGGGGGUUUGUUUAU